ACAAUCCAAACAUGCUCGUCGUACAAGUCAGGAUUGAUGCACAUGCUCAAGAAUUACGGGGUUACACUGAGCACGGAGGCGGUGAAAACAUUGAGCAGUGACUUCAGAGGAUUGAAGCGAACAUUGAAUCUUUCUGAAUCUUGCAACCAAAACGCAGCAGUGACAACCGGCAAGGUUCCGUUGUCAUACGAUUUGUACUCAGUAUUGGCAAAGGUUAUGCUACAGAAACCAGAAAGAGAAUAUGUUUGGGCCAGAACCUUUCUGAUUCUGGCAUGGAAUUUGAUGUCCAGAUCCAGAAACGUAUGCACACUGUUGUACGAUGACAUGGAAUUUUUCGGGGAUGCCUUGCGAUUCUACGUAAUUAACUCGAAAAAUGAU